UGAAGGGCUCUGCUUUUCAUUAGCUUUUGUUUGGAAGCGGAGACGCUGGUGCUCAAGUGCAGCUGCAUUAACAUUACGAGAUCACUCCACUGAUUUCUGAGGGACGUUCUCAGUCCCGCCCUCGGGCUUCGGUUGAAACGGAUCACGUGUGUAUAUCUAGAAAAUCCAUGCCUGGCUCCACAACGGACACUUUCAACAAAUUACACUUCCCAAAAUGCAACGAGCCAACUCACGCAGGCGCAUUUUUCUCGCCCUUUGCUCGGCUUGUUUGUCACUUACCUUUUGCUCUGCGAAGAAUCUGUGGAGGAGUGUCUGUUGAGUUACAGAAGCACCAUGUCCUCUCCAUUGAGGUUUGACGGGCGGGUGGUGCUGGUGACUGGUGCUGGGGGAGGACUCGGCAGAGCAUAUGCACUGGCUUUUGCUGAAAGAGGAGCUUCUGUGGUUGUGAAUGAUCUUGGAGGUGACUUCAAAGGACAUGGAAAGAGCUCCUCAGCUGCUGACAAAGUUGUUGCGGAAAUAAGAGCCAAAGGUGGAAAAGCAGUGGCUAACUAUGAUUCAGUGGAAGCUGGUGAGAAGCUUGUACAAACUGCACUGGAAGCUUUUGGAAGGAUAGAUAUACUUAUCAACAAUGCUGGGAUACUGAGGGACCGUUCAUUCACUAGAAUUAGUGAUGAAGACUGGGAUAUAAUUCAUAAAGUUCAUUUGAGGGGGUCCUUUCUGGUAACCCGAGCUGCAUGGAGCCAUAUGAAAAACCAGAACUUUGGAAGAAUAAUUAUGACUUCCUCAGCUGCCGGGAUAUAUGGCAACUUUGGUCAGGCAAACUACAGCGCUGCCAAACUUGGUCUUUUGGGUCUUGCAAACACGCUUGCAGUUGAAGGCAGGAAGUACAACAUCCAUUGCAACACCAUUGCUCCCACUGCAGGAUCCCGAUUGACACAGACAAUCAUGCCUCAGGAUAUGCUGGAUGCUUUCAAGCCAGAAUAUGUGGCUCCUCUGGUUCUUUGGCUUUGCCAUGAAAGUUGUCAAGAGAAUAGUGGACUCUUUGAGGUCGGAGCUGGAUGGAUUGGAAAAUUACGCUGGGAACGAUCCCUGGGAGCCAUUGUCAGACAGAAGAACCAACCAAUGACACCAGAAGAUGUGCAGAAUAAAUGGGCAAAGAUCUGCGACUUCAGUGAUGCCAACAAACCUCAGACCAUCCAGGAAUCAGUCAGCAUGUUGAAUGAUGUGCUAAGUCGAAUAGAAUCUCAGGAUGUCUCCCCAAAUCCCACAAGCUAUAGUGCAUCAAGAUCCUCUACAGGCUUUGAACCCGCACAGAGUAUUGGCCAGAAGCUACCUUCAAUUACAUAUGAAUACACUCAUUUGCAGCCCAUCUUGUAUGCUCUUGGUGUGGGAAUGUCAACAAAAGAUCCAGACCACCUGAAAUUCCUGUUUGAAGGAAGCGAAGGGUUUUGCUGUCUUCCGACCUUUGGGGUUAUACCAGCUCAGUCCUCUAUGCUUGAUGGUGGAUUGUCUAGCAUUCCAGGACUUAAUAUUGAUUUUACAAAGGUGUUACACGGCGAGCAAUAUCUGGAGUUGUAUAAGCUGCUACCAACAUCAGGAAAACUUACUUCAGAAGCCACUAUUGCGGACAUCCUUGAUAAAGGCUCAGGAGCAGUUAUAGUCUUAGAUGUCCACACAUACUCUGGAAAGGACCUUUUGUGCUAUAAUCAAUUUUCUGUCUUUGUUGUUGGAGCUGGAGGUUUUGGUGGAAAACGAUCUUCCGAGAAAGCCAAGAUCACAGUAAACCCACCCAACAGACCACCAGAUGCUACCAUCACUGAUGUCACUACCGUAGAUCAGGCUGCUUUGUAUCGGCUUAGUGGGGAUUGGAAUCCUUUACAUAUUGAACCUGGUUUUGCUGCCCUUGGAGGAUUUCAGAAGCCCAUACUGCAUGGACUUUGUUCUUUUGGAUUUGCUGCCAGGCAUGUUUUGAAACACUUUGCAAAUAACGAUGUGACCAAGUUCAAGGCAAUUAAGAUUCGUUUUGCGAAACCAGUUUUCCCAGGACAAACCUUGCAAACAGAGAUGUGGAAGGAGGGAAACAGGAUUCAUAUUCAAACUAAGGUCAAAGAGACUGGGGAUAUUGCGAUUACAGGAGCAUAUGUGGAUCUCACCCCAUCUUCUGACCAGCCUUCAGCUAAGGCAGUAGGACUGAAGAGUGACCUUGUAUUUGAAGAAAUUGGUCGUCGCAUCAAAGAGGUUGGAAAUGAGCUGGUGAAGAAAGUAAAUGCUGUAUUUCAGUGGAACAUCACUAAGGACAAAAAGACUGCCGUGCAGUGGACCAUAGACUUAAAGAAUGGCUCUGGAGAGUUGUAUCAAGGACCUGCCCAUGGAAAAGCUGACACUAUUUUCACCCUGUCGGAUGACGACUUCGUAGAUUUGGUGCUAGGCAAGAUCAAUCCACAAAAGGAACAAAGGAAUCUGCCUUACACUGACACAGGCCAUUUGAAACCAUCUGGUUCAGUACUGAUGACAUGGACUACCAUUGACUCUCCAGGAUUCAAGAUUCUCAAGAUUCUGAGCAAACUGCUAGAGUCGCUUUUGAGACUGCAAUUCCACUUUUAGAGGAAACUUCUAGAUCACUUGUAUGGAAUUUCAAUGAGUGUUUCCAAGUGAAGAUCCUGUGAUAAGCAGGUUAACUUCAUGCAGCUUAAAGCCACCUGAGCCAAAGUUCUGAGAUUCUGCUUCUUUUACCCAAGGAUAAAAAAGGUGUGAGGAAAGCUUGCUCUUCUCUGCAAGAUCAUCCUAUAACUCAGCAGAACUGGAUACCCACAGGACAACAAACCUUCAUGGGGACUUACUUCCAAAUAGAUUUAUUUAGGACUGAUGUAUAAAGAAACAAUCUUGCCAUAUGGUUAGGAUUUCUUUCUUUCUAUUAGAAUCACCCAGCCUUAGAAAGAACACCAGCAUUUUAAUUUUACACUUGAUUCCCCAGUCCUGUUAGCAUUUCCAGAUGCUUUUAAGGAGAAUCUUCCUGUAGUGGUACACACUGAACAAUU